UGCCACAGUAACAAAGACACAACAAACUGACUUCAUUGUGGAUGAUUCAGACACAGACACUGUUUUGGGAAAUACGAUCUCAGCAGGAUGGAGGUGAUACAUCAGAGAACAAUGUUUGACUUCCACGGAGUCUCCAUGUCCAAAUGCUUCACUGACAACUGGGACGAGGUACAGAACUUUAAAGCGCGACCAGAUGACAUUCUUAUAGCUACUUAUCCUAAAGCAGGAACAACAUGGGUCAGUUACACCCUGGAUCUUCUGUAUUUUGGACAGACAUGUCCAGAGCGUCAGGCGUCCAUCCCUAUUGAUGAGAGAGUGCCUUUUCUGGAGUUCAGCAAACCGUCUGUACCCGCAGGAAAAUACUUGGCAGACAGACUUCCCACCACUCCUCGUCUCAUUAAAACUCAUCUACCACUCCAGUUUGUACCAAAGUCCUUCUGGGAGCAGAACGUCAGGGUAGUCAACGUGUUUCGUAAUGCAAAGGACAACGCGGUGUCCUAUUACCAUUUUUGCCGCAUGAGCAGCGGCAUGCCAGAACCAGGAGACUGGAACACCUUUCUACAGAACUUCAUGGAGGGAAAGGUGGUGUAUGGAUCCUGGCAUGACCAUGUGAAUGGCUGGUGGGAGAAGAAACAGACCUAUCCCAAAAUUCACCAUAUGUUCUAUGAAGAUCUGAUUGAGGACACAGGACGAGAGAUAGACCGACUCUGUUCCUUCCUUGGUUUGACUCCUUCCGCUGAGGAGAAAGAAAGAAUUGUAAAUGAAGUGAAUUUUGACAAUAUGAAACAAAACCCGAUGGUCAACUAUUCCACUAUGCAAAGUAUGGAUCAAAAAGUGUCUCCUUUCAUGAGAAAAGGGAAAGUUGGUGACUGGAAGAAUCACUUCACUGUGGCCCAGGAUGAAAAGUUCGAUGAGGACUACAAGCAGAAAAUGAAGAAUAGUACACUGCAGUUUCGUUCUGAAGUUUAGAGGCCAGUGCAUCCAUGUCAUGAACUGUGAUUAAUUUGAUGUUAGAUUUGAUGGACAAAAAUAUUGAUUAGAGCCUGGCUCCUCCUACUGCAGGGACAGGCUCCACUGAUAAUUGUACCAGUGACCUAAACACAGCUCUUUCUAGUCUCCUGGAUUUAGUUGCACCUCUUACUAUCAAAAAAGACAGUCCAAGAGGUCUACAUCCUGGUUUACUAAAGAAGCACAUGGUCACAUGCAUGCAGGAGAUUGGCCUAAAUCUGGACUAAGCCUGUUAGUUGCUCACCUAUCCACUGUCCACUGCUACGCUGAUGAUACUGUGCUGUAUGUGCUCGAAAGGCAAAUGAUUUAAACUAAUAAAUAGUAGGGCCCGCUUGUCCACUGUGAAAAAAAUCAUAAAAUGUUCUGUAUCUACACUGAUAAAGAAGAGAUGCUGGAUAUUGGCCCUGCUCGACCAAGAAUCUUGGUGUGUAAUGAUGAUGGCGGCGCAUUUUGAUGCAGAGGCCAUUAGCUCCCAUGAACUUUGCUAUAUAAUUUUAUUCACCACGGAAACAAUGCCAAUGGAAAGUCAAUUAGGAAUCAAUUAGGAGGUGGAUAGAUCAAACAAACACAGAACUUUCAACCAGGAGACUGGUGUUCAAGACUGGCAUGUGUGUCUCAAAAUGUUGUUGAGUUAUUGUGAAGUUAGAUUUGGAAGUUGAAACCCCAAAAGUAGGUCAGGGGCUGCCAAGUCAUCUGCCAUGACAGAUGAUAUAUGUUAAAGAUUUACUAGACACAAGUUAAAAGACACACUGGGAGAAGAGAUAAUUACAACCAGGGAAGAGCAGACAGAGGACAGUGUCAGUCAACUUGACAAGAUGGAUGUACCUUCUCGACCAGAACUUUUUGAUUUCCACGGAGUCUGGAUGACACACUAUUUUACAGACAAUUGAGAGAACGUUCAAAACUUUCAGGCCAGGCCAGAUGAUAUACUUAUAUCAACAUACCCGAAAGCAGGAAGCACCUGGGUCUCCUACAUACAUUUUAUACAGGUGACCAAGUUUGAAUAAAUCAAACUUUACAAUCAGGAUUUUUUGAAUAAUCAAAGGACUAACUACAGAUUUGUACCAGAUCAUCUACGUGGCCCGUAAUGCAAAGGACAGUGUGGUGUCUUAUUUCCAUUUCGAGGGCAUGCUCUCAUUCCACCCAGAGCCUGGAGACUGGAGCAGCUACCUCCAGAGAUUCAUGGAGGGAAAGAUUUUGAAUGGAUCCUGGUACGACCAUGUGAACGGCUGGUGGGAGAAGAAGUCAUCCAAAUAUCCAUUACAUGUUCUACGAAGAUCUGGUUGAG